UUACGGUUGCUUAGCUACUGAUGCUAAUGUUAAAUUGGCCUUAAAUUGUGUCCUGGUCAGCACAGGUACUGCUGACAAAGGGCAAGUGUAUGUGUGUGUGUGUGUUUGUGUGUGUGUGUGUGUGUGUGUUUGUUUGCAUAAAAGCAAAAAGCUGAUUUAUCAGAAAGGAAGUUGGAGGCAGUGACACACACACACAAUGGACAAAACACACACUGACAGAGCGAUCAGAGGGACAGAAGCAGUGUAAGAGGAAAGCAUGGCUGAAGUGCUCACCUUAGAUGCCAUCUUGUUUGGCUUUCUGGUCUUCUCUGGAAUUCUGGGAAAUAUCCUGGUCAUCUACACGGUGGUACUGUGUUCCAUGGAGAGUUCAUCUCACCACAUGCCUCCGUCUGACCUCAUCCUGCUCAACCUAUCGCUCGCUAACCUGCUGACCUCACUGUUCCGCACCGUACCCAUCUUCAUCUCAGACCUGGGGCUGGAGGUGUAUCUGGACACAAACUGGUGCCGAGUGUUCAUGCUGCUGUGGGUGUGGUGGCGCUCCGUGGGCUGCUGGACCACGCUGGCCCUCAGCAUCUUCCACUACACCACGCUGAGGCGCAAGCACGUGGCCAUAGGUCCGCUAGCGCAACAGAAGGACCGCAGACGCGUGAUUCUGGCACUGGGAUUCGUCUGGGGGGGAAACCUGGUGUUUUCUCUACCGGCCGCCAUCUACAGCAAACACGUGAGUGGAAACGCCACCUCCGAGAUCAUGGUGAUCAGCUGCAGCACUCGCCCGCUGCUCGGCUGCAUGUGGGAAUUCCCCUCCAAAAAGGAAGGAACAGCCUUCGCCUCCACCUCACUCGCCCUCAACGAGGUGCUGCCUAUGCUGCUGAUGGUGAGUACUAACCUGGCGACUCUCCGGGCGCUGGUGAAACACAUCCGCAUGGUGACGGCGAGCGUGGAGAGCGGAGCGGCUCAUGUGCACAUGGAGCGGAAGGCGGGUCAUGUGAUCAUGACUCUGGUGGUUCUGUUCAUUGUGAGUUGGGUGUUGCAGGUGGCCGCCGUGACGUAUUACAACUACAACGGUGGCGUGCAUGCCAAGGGCCUGCUGACUGUCUCGCAGUUCUCCGCCUCCGUCUUCGUGGGCUUCAGCCCCAUGGUGGUGGCGCUCGGCCACGGAAAACUACGCAAGAGAAUCUCAGUCAUGGUGCAGGAGCUGGGCAUCUGGGUGGGCUGCAGGACCACCAAGAGCGAAGACAAUAAGAAGAAGAAGAAAACUCUGGAGAGCUCCACCAUCUCGUACAAACAAGACACGCAAACAAAGAAAGUGACCAUGUGACUUCAUCACUGAGGAUCUUAACACUACCUCCGAUCAUGUGUGUACAUGUCUACACGCUCUCGCUGUUGACUAAACUCACAACCUACAGACAGGCGUUCUUCUGUAGCAGCACUAGAUUAUAACUACAUUAAAUAAAUAAAUAAACAUCAUUAAAUUAUAUUAUUACUAUAAAGUCAAGCCUUCGGCUAAAUCUGAAUAGCAUUCCUGGUGUGUGAAAUAUCCUGCACAGCGCCCCUAGUGGUCAGCAGAGCUGGACAUCUGAAUAAAGCUCCAUCAUGCCGGCGCUUCUAAUUAAUAUGUGCAGCUCGACCACGUGACUGCCUCUUUACGGAGCCACGCCCUAAUUAUUACACUCAUCUCCAUCAGACAUCAGUUUAUUAUUUUCAACAUUCAACAUUUUACACAGAGAUCAUAAAUCUUAUCAUCAUAAAUCACAAGAACU